AUGGCGUUGCCUAAGUUCGACUUUGGCCCUCAGGCGCCACUCACCCCACAACAGUCCUACCACCAGCUUGCCAGCCAGGCGAGAAUCCUCAUCAAUUAUGUCAUUGGCCGUCGUACGUUCAACUGCGAUGAAAUCGCUGCUCAAGCAAGUGAGAUCAACCAAGCAUUAAAGGAUCUACGACUGAAGUAUCCUCAUUCGUUCACUGCUGAAUACGAAGCAGUGGUGGACCUGCUCCAUUUGCUAUUGGGGGCACUCAAGAUCCGUCUUGACGUUCUCCAACAGCCAUCCACAGCCAAGUUCAAGGAACACCUGAAAUUGAAGCAACACUCUAACAUAACAUUUGUCGGCUCCACCAAUAGUAUGAGACGGCGCAACACUCGCCAUGAACCUACCCAGGUGGUGUUUUUGCGCCAUUGGUACGAGAUGAGACUGGCCAAAGACGGCAACCAGCCGGUGUAUUUGCGGGACCCCGACGACCUCGACUACCUUAUACAAAAGACCCGUCUUACCGAGACGCAAAUCAGGGACUGGGUAAGCAACGAGCGCCGCCGCCGUAAGAUACUUGGCCGCCACCAUCACCACCGCUACGAACUCCCCAACGAAUGGUGA